AUGGAGGGAAAAUUUCAGAAAGCCAAGGAAUUUGCGCACAGGGGCUUAAUGUCGUUGAACUUGAUGAAGGCAUGCAACAGAACUGGUGACGGAGUGGUGUCGAGAAUGGAGUUCUUGGCUACGGCUAGUUCUACAGUGCAGUCGGCUAAGAAGUCAGUGGGAAAUAGCCUGAUGUCCCUUGAUUCGGUUCGUGCAAUGGACGCCAACGGGGACGGCGUCCUGACCGCAACAGAACUUGCGGAAGCAGCACGGCUGGGGCUAACAGGCGCAAGCAAUGCUGCGAGCGAAGCGGUGAUAUCGAUGAAGGCAGACGCACAAGAGUUCUCACAGCUUGCACGCAACAAAGACUUCGAUAGUCUUAUAGAAUUUGUGGGUAAUCGGCUGGACCGAUCUGGCCAAAAGUUCAACCGCUCCACUGAUCGACCCGACCCUGACAACUAUAGCGAUGACUCAUCGACAAAUCGCAGUCUUGCCUGGUUUUCCUACCCAAGCAGACCACACAAGCGUCGCGAUGUCGAUCCAAACUUUGCUUCGCGCCUAGGCGAUGCAGCUCAUAUCACACCAUCUCAAUCAGAAUCCAGAGGAGACGGCGGGCGAAUCCCACUGAGGUUGAGACACGACGGUAUCUUACGAGUUGGUGCAAAGAAACGGAAGUCUGCCGCCGCGGCUGCACGCCGUGUUCGGGGAGGUGAUAUUCACAUGCGACCAUGCUCAGCAUCCGCACGAUGGCAGCGGCUCUUCUAUGAGCUUCAUGAUACGUCACUUCUGGGCUUCGAUGCUCCCAGUUCCUGGGGACGUGACCAUGAAACCGCGGUCCCACGGCGGCGGCUUGAGGUGGGAUUUGCAAUUUCCCAUGGUGCCCUGUGCGUUGAAAUCACAAAGCGCGACUGUGGUUACUCUUUCUCUCACCCCGAGCUUUCGCGUUUUGUUGCCAGCCAACGGGACGGACUGGAACCAGAACUCAUUGCAUUACUCGAAGCAGAGGCCCCGUUAAGUCUCACAUUAUAUGGGCGCGAGAACCUGGAGGAUGUCGCCGUGUUUUUUCGCGCUGAAAGCAACCACAAGGCCAGCCUGUGGGUGGAGACCUUUCAAGCGGCGGUGCGAGCUUCGGAUAAAAUGGCUUUCGACCUCAAGUCAUCUGCAGCGGAAGAGGCAACCUUCCACCUAGUUGCCUCAGCUACUGCACACGCCCGUCGAUAUAUCGCCUGCACACGGGAACUUGCACGUUCCAGACUAGUUGAUGCGCGCCAACUCAUUGGCGUGCGCGAGGGUCUCGUGGAGAUUGCGUUCGUACGUGCCACCUCUCACUCAGAAAAUAGCAUUGAUGGAGAGUCCCUUCAAUGGGUCUGCAGGGAGCAGGGUGACUGCGUGAUGCACAUUUCAACAAAGGUCAGGUGUGUACUUUUCAAGGCACAGCACCGCGUAGCGCUUGAAGCCUGGCUCUCUGCGAUGCAAAAGGUUUUGAGCGCUUGUAAUCGUGCUAAUGAACUGCCUCUGCGACUUCAUAAGCGAAGUAUGGUGCGGGAUGAAGGAAUAGCAUCUCGCCGCACGUCAGACAUAAAUUUAUUUCGGGGUGGGCCAAGCCAUGGCAUGGGCGCUGCAUAUUGCGAGCGGGCCCUUGCACAGCUAAAUACCCUCGCAGAAUCUGUCCUGGAUAUAAGCCUUGCCGAGGUCCUGCGCGUGAAAAGCUUGCGGGAUGCAUUGACAGCCUCUCUGAGCACAUCCGAUGCUCUCGUUGUCGAUGCUUGGCGUGCAGCUGGUGUCGUACUCACUGCUUCAAAACGCGAGCAGGAUGAUCGAAUGGUCGCGCAGAGUAGCGCGCCUGUCAGGCUAUCCUGGAGCAGUGCGAGAAACGCGUUUUCUGUAGUCGAUUCACCUUUAAGUCUCCCUACAAGUGUGGUGGGAGAGAAAUUGCGCGAGGAUGUCUGGAAGACCAUUGCACCUGUAUUACAUGGGAUCCAAAGGACUUCAAGCGAAAUCAUUUUGUUGGAGCUCGAUUCUCUGCGCAAUUUCCGGGAGGCAUGCCUUUCUCAUCUUAAGCCGAGUUUAUGUGGAUUUCGCAAGUCCAAGCGCUUCGAACAGGCCGCGCGAAAGCUCCUCAAUUUGCCCCCCCCUUCAUAUUCUAGUUCACCUGCGCAAAAAUCGUCAGUCAGGAAAGAGACUGAAAUCGACGAUGCGCUGGUCAACUCCACGGACUCUCGUACGCGAGAAGGGGGGGGGCUGACUAGUAUUAGAGGGAAGGAUGACAACCCGUGGCGUGAAAUGAUGACGGCGUCUGAAACAUUGCAGCACGGGUUAUGCCUCAACGAGAGCGCCGGAAUUUCGGCAUAUGACAAAGGUGUAGACUACCGACCAUUGCCAUUGGGGCGGCGCAUGCUCAUCUACAAGCCAAUGCCUUGGACAUUGAGGCGACCAAAAAAGGGCAAUGCGGUUGAAUUGAGUCGAAAGACGGGCAAAAAGGAUCAUCACAAACCCAAGAAGGGGAACAUCGUUGGCAAGGAGGUCUGGGCUACUCUGCGCGUCGGAAAGAAUCAAGUUGGAAGGCAUGGGAGCUGUGAAAUUGUUGAGAUUGAACCCCAUCCACACAUCCGCGAAGCAUGCACAGAUCAUGAGUUUGACCGAGAGCACGCCACGCUCUGUCGACGAUACUGUGCUUUGUGCCGAUGCUUUGUGUGUGCUCGUCCGCCUAGCUUGUGUAGCGACUGGCACGGCCAUUCUACAGCUGUCUCCACAUCGGUUGUUUCGCAGCAGAAGCGAGCGCUAGCGCUUCGCCGCUUGAAGCAGUCUAAUGAGCUGGCCUACGAGGAGACACUUGAAGCGCGCGCAUUUUACUAUGAUGUGGGUAGCUCACGCGGCUCGAUAAUUUCUGGUAAAUACGCACGCGGUCGGGUUCGCUUGCGCCUCGGGGAUGCUGUUAUCGUGGGUCACACGGAGCUGCUUUUCUGUGUGCAGCCCCCUGGUUGGGCUGCGCCUCUUCGCACAGAGAUGGCUAGCUCCUCGGACGAUUCUUCCGGUGAAGAAAAUACGCCCAACAGGCGCAAGUCGCUUCUGAAGGAUAUCAUGAAAGGGACCCUCGCUGGCGUCUCCUCUAAGCGCGAGCUUGGUGUUGAUAGUGACGCAAUUAAUGCGAUGGACAAUACAGCCGGGAAUAGCGGUGCUGAUCGUAAGGCUCCGGGCGGUACAAGUCCCCCUGGGCGUGGAAAAGAACAUCUGCUGCACCUUGUAAGCUCGGAAGCCAAGGGGCCGUAG